AUGUGUGUAUGUUGUGUUUGUUGCACGGUAUCAGACUUUAUUCUGUAUAUUCUAGCACUGUUUUUCCCACCGGUCGCAGUUUUAAUAAGAUCAGGAUUUUGGUCGUCAGAUUUCUUUCUUAAUGUCAUUUUAACUUUACUUGGAUUUAUGCCAGGUUUAGUUCAUGCGUUUUAUUAUAUUACUAUUACAAGUCCUUUGAGGAGGAGUGAAGAGUACUACUUUUAUCAACAAGGUUGGGUCGAUAAUGAACGAUUAGGGGCAUCAUCUAAUGUGCAAAACCCAUCGAAUAAUAUUAAUACUCACUAUGGUUCUAGCGAUAAUAGAGCUAAUAUUCGUGAAGAUACAAAUAUACGGGAACCUUUAUUGCUGGAAAGUCGAGAUAAUAACGUGGUUGGCUCUGGAGAUUAUAAGCAAUCCACACAGAAUUCCCCACCACCAUAUUCAGAAUGA